AUGUCGCAGGCCGACACGGCACCAGGGCCACGAGACAAACACCUCAGGCAGUCUCUCGGCACUUUAUCGUCGAACAUCCGGAAGUCUCGCGUACUCCUCGUCGGUGCUGGCGGAAUCGGGUGCGAACUCUUAAAGAACCUUCUGCUGACGGGAUUCGGCGAGGUUCAUAUAAUCGACCUCGACACGAUUGACCUAUCUAAUCUGAAUCGCCAGUUUCUCUUUCGGCAUGAGCACAUAAAGAAGCCUAAAGCCUUGGUUGCAAAGGAGGUAGCGAGCAAAUUUCGCCCGCAAGCAAAACUGGAGGCAUACCAUGCCAAUAUUAAAGAUAGUCGGUUCAAUGUCGAAUGGUUCACGUCUUUCGAUAUCGUUUUCAACGCUUUGGAUAACCUGGAUGCCCGACGACACGUCAAUCGCAUGUGUUUAGCAGCAGACGUACCGUUGAUCGAGAGCGGGACGACCGGGUACAACGGGCAGGUCCAGGUCAUAAGAAAAAGUCGCACCGAAUGCUAUGAUUGCACCAGCAAGCCGGUCCCUAAAUCUUUUCCAGUUUGCACGAUAAGGAGCACGCCAAGCCAGCCUAUUCACAGCAUCGUAUGGGCGAAGAGCUAUUUACUGCCAGAGCUUUUUGGGACAUCUGAGGAUGAUGUUGAGAUGGACCAUUCAGAGGACUCUGAGAAUGCCGAAGAGAUCGCAAACCUCCGACAGGAAGCGCAGGCCCUCAAAGAGGUUAAAAAUUCGAUGGGGUCUUCGGAUUUUGCCAAGAAGGUAUUUGAGAAGGUGUUCUCUCAAGAUAUCGUAAGACUACGCAGCAUGGAAGAAAUGUGGAAGAGCCGGAAGGCCCCUGAGCCUCUUUCAUAUGAAUCUUUGGAAUCUGAAGCUAGUUCGGUUGACUCGCUUAUAUCCACUCAGGACCAAACGACCUGGAAUUUGGUUGAAAACUUUGCUGUCUUUAAAGACAGUACUGAGCGUUUGGUCAAGAGAUUGAAGACCCUGCAAGCAGAAGUCCCAGAGGGGCCGCCUCCAAUCGUGACCUUUGACAAAGAUGAUGUCGAUACGCUUGAUUUUGUUGCUGCCGGUGCCAACCUUCGCUCCGCGAUCUUUUCAAUCGACUUGAAAUCUAAAUUCGAGAUUAAGCAAAUGGCUGGAAACAUUAUCCCAGCGAUCGCUACAACUAAUGCCAUGACAGCUGCACUCUGCGUUCUACAGGCGUUCAAGGUUUUGAAGGAUGACUAUGAAAACGCAAAAAUGAUUUUCCUUGAGCGGUCUGGAGCUCGAGCUAUCAACACAGAUACCCUCAAACCGCCUAACCCAGAAUGUCCAGUUUGCUCCGUUGCCCAGGGAAAAAUAUUCGUCGAUCCGGAUAGGGCCACUUUAAAUCAUCUAGUCGAGGGCGUCCUCCGGCUAAAGCUAGGCUAUGGCGAGGAAUUUUCAAUCAGUAACCAGCUUGGAACCAUCUAUGAUCCUGAUUUAGAAGAUAAUUUGCCGAAGAAACUAAGCGAACUCGGCGUGGAGAAAGAUAGAUUUGUUACUGUGAUUGAUGAAGAGGACCAGCGACCCAAAGUUAACUUGGAAUUGCUUGUUGCUGAACGACGGGCUCCUGAACAAGAGUCACCAAUAUCUCUCGAGACUGAAGUCACCAUCCCGACUAAACCCAACGUGCCUGCACCAGAAGUCACCACAAAUGGUGCGGCGGAGCAGACCAACGGUACGCCAGGCAAAAGAAAACGAACUGCAGAGGAAGCAGAGCUCGAAAAUGGCGAUCCUCUAGCUAGGAAAGUUGCGAAAAUCGACACGAAUGGCGGCGACAUCAAUCCGAUUGUCCUAGAUGAUGAUACAGGCGCGAUUCUAAUCGAUGAUUAG